CUCGCCAAAUAGCUGAGGAUUCGCUUGAUCACGCCGGAUAAGCCUGGCAUAGGGGAACAGAGCCGGUUGACAUUGACUGCAAGGUGAAGACAUGGUUGGACAUCUUCCAAAGCCCUGGUGCAACACCUCCAUCUCAAGCAUGUUUCCUUUCUCGGUCACAGUUCCUUGCCCGCAAUGAUAUCAACCCCUAAUCUUGGACCGAGCACCGCCCGUCCAGGGGUAAAGAUGGACACGGACCCCCUGACCAAGGCCAUCGACGAAAAGAUCAUGGAGUAUGCCCUGUUGAAGAACAUCGGGGGCAUUAGUCAGGAGGCGCUAUUCUGUCUGAAGCGGGCAGGAAAGGGAGUCUGGGGAUCGUGGAGUGAGUACGAAGAGUACAUCUCACUGCUCAGGCGGCGGGAGACGCAAGGGACGCACUGUGACGUUGGUAAGAUCGAGAUGGACAUGUUCUUCGCGGAGCAGGAUAAUUCUUCUGACGUGCGCGACUCACAGUGGUUUGAUCGGCUGUGGAAUAAUGAGGCGGACGGCUGGAUACAGUACGGCAGCUUGACUGUGCCGGUGACGACACAUGAGACAAUCACCAGGGUUGAGUCGGGCGCUUUAGAGAGUGUGUUCUCCAAAGCGGCCAAUCUUGAACCGUGCAGGAGUUGAGGCCAUGAUUACUCUCCUCUUUAACGUCUCAGGAAACCUUCGGACGGGUCAAAUCAAAGUUGCAUAGGUUUUGUUAUUUGGGACGAAAACUGAGAGAUACGCCCGGCCAAGCUCUCACCGACUUUCUCCUUUCCAGCUACCACCCACUUCCUC